CUGUACUCGGUAUUGGCUGUUAUGAUUCAGAGGUACAGCACUCAUAACAUCUGAGUGCCACAUUACAGUCAAAAAACCCCCCUCCGCAAAUACGAUUCAGAUUUGAUGUGUGGGCUUUGGGUUGGUGAUUGAGUUUUACGAUGCAGGUUUGCUCUUUUUUGUCAGGGCACUUCCCCAGCAAAGUUACCCGUCGAAGGUUGCCUUAUCUUGAUUGGUUGGGGAGGGCCAAGAGGGGAGCAGUCAGUGAGUAAAGAAACACAGACAUUCGCAUUUGGAGACUGGGUGGCUGAAGAGCCAGGAGUACAUGAACAUCCGUCCACAGAACUUCAAAGACUUCCGAACAUAACUCACCAACCAAACUUCUACUGGAGAAUAUUGACAUCAAGGAUAUCCAGGUCAAGUCGGGAUAAGUUGGCGUACAACCGACAGCAAGUUUGGAGUGACCUACUCAGGAGCUUCCUUCAGGAAAGGCUGAGGGCAUGUUGGAGGCUUCAGGGAUGUAGUGGUCAGUCAUGGUGCGCUGUUAGCCUAGUAGGGAGGUGAGCGGUGACCCAUGUCCACUGUUUCGUCUCCUCAGCCUGUGAGCAGGCUGGCAGGCUGGGGCACCAUGUUGCUCUCCGCUCUCCUUCUGCUGCUCUCUAUCCCAGGGGUCUCUGGUUCCAUACUCGAAGAUUUGAUAUAUAAACGUGCUGAAUAUCAAGAAAACUGUACAAGAACCCUGGCAGCCACCCUCCAUACUGUAACUGGAAUAUACUGCAAUGGGACAUGGGACGCUUUUAUCUGUUGGCCACAUUCAUCUCCUGGGAUCGUAGCAGUACCCUGCCCUCCAUAUUUACCAUGGAUCAAAGAAGGUUCCUCAGGAAAUGCAUAUAGGAUUUGCACAAUCAAUGGGACCUGGAAAACUGAAGAAAAUUCCAGUUUGGCGUGGCGAGAUGAGUCAGAAUGUGAAGACUCUGACUUUUUCAAAAAUGAGGAAGAUGAGAUAUUUCGCCAUUCGGUGCUGAGGAUUCUUUCCAUUGUUGGCUACUCAUUGUCCUUGGCUUCCCUCUCUCUGGCUGUGCUCAUUAUGGGCCUGUUGAGGAAGCUUCACUGUACGAGGAACUACAUCCACAUGAACCUCUUUGUGUCAUUCAUGUUUAGAGCAAUGGCAGUCAUUACUAAAGAAAUUGUAUUCUACAUCAUGUACUCCAACGUGCCCAAGGAUGAAAAUGGAUGGAACAGCUACGUGGAUUCAACAAUAUCUUUGGUCUGCAAAGCCUCCAAGGUGUCCAUGCAAUAUUUUGUGGGGUGCAAUUACUUCUGGCUCCUGGUGGAGGCAAUAUUUCUCCACACGCUGCUCUUCACUGCAGUGUUGACCAAGCGGAGCCUACUGAAGAGAUACAUGCUGGUAGGAUGGGGAACACCGGUUUUAUUUGUGGCCCCUUGGACAGUGGUUAAAAUACUAUAUGAAAAUAAAGGCUGCUGGUUCAUUAUCAACAGGUGGAUUUGGUGGAUUAUUAGGGCUCCAAUUACACUGUCAGUCCUGGUUAUUUUCUGUAUAUUUCUCAAAAUCAUAAAACUUCUGCUGUCGAAGUUAAAAGCUGACCAAGUUAAGUUUACAGAUUACAGAUACAGUUUAGCCAGAGCUACACUGGUGCUGAUCCCACUGCUUGGGAUCCAUGAGAUUGUGUUCACAAUAAUCAUAGAUGAAACCAUUCAAGGGAAACACCGCUAUGUGCGAAACUUCAUCAAUCUAACCCUGAGCUCCUUCCAGGGCUUUCUGGUUGCUGUCCUGUAUUGCUUUGCCAAUGGAGAGGUCCAAGCUGAGCUGAAGAACAGGUGGCAGGUUUACCUCUUUGCAAACCACUUUGAGGUUCACAACUGCUUCACCCGCAUACACCCCAAACACUUAUGGAAGAAGUCACGGAAGGCACCAAGGCACCCCACAGACCACAGUGAUUCGUAUGAGGAGGGCAGUCACGUGCCCACACGUGAUCAGGCUCAGCUGACCCAGGUGACUGUCCAGUCAGCAGUAGAGGAGGUGUCCUGUGCCCGGUGCACAGGCCUGGAGUUCUACACCAGGAAGAGCCUGUCCAGCUCUGAUGGAGAGAUGACUUUGGGUGAGACAAUGGAGGAGAUUCUGGAGGAGAGUGAAUUUUAACAUCCUCUUUUUGCCUCUGGCUCUUUCACAGACUGCACAGGGCAGACUUUCGGAUCUGCCCUGAGAUACAAACAUUUUGUACCUUAAGAUGUAGAUUUCUUUUUGCCAGUAAAAAUGUGUAGGUUUUUUGAUGCUUGUCUCGUCUACAAUAUGUAUAUGUUUAGAAGGACAAGUCAGCAUCAACUGAUGGUGAAAAGUAUGUAUGAAACUAUUUUCUUGAUUUCAUUUGAACAUUUUGCAAAAAGGCCAGUAUAUUCAGAAAUGACCAAAUUAUAUUUUGAGGAAAAUGUGAAAUAGAUAAUGAUUCCAACAUUCUUUGUAGUUUUCAAUCAAAAACAAAUUUUAUUUAUUCCCUGUUACAAAACAAAGGACAUGCACCUCUAAUGGGAUUCAAACAGAAUUGUACAGUAAAGUAAAGCCAAACAAAAGACCAGCAUACUAGUGGAGGGAAUGGUUGUAAGUAGAAACUGUGAAUUUCAUGUGUAAAGAGUUUUUACUCAUAAUGGACUAUUUGUAUUGUAGACGUUAUAUUGUAGAUGUACAGUACCUUAAGUCUCUCAUAAUUGAGCCACUUAUAAAGAUCUUUCUAUAGCAUAAUUAAUACAAAUUGGGUUCAACCCUUAAUGUACCCAUCUAGCAUUUUUAAACAUUGUGCUUUGUCUUAUAAAUGUUGUUAUAUGAAGUCUGAAAACAAUUUGGAGAGCAAACAUAAUAUUUCAUAUAUUCCAGUGUACGCUCAAUGUAGCCAAAGUCUUGUUUUGUAUACUUUGUGCAUAAAUUAUUGGUAUGAACAGAAAUAAAAAGUAAAGAAACAAUCAAAA